ACUGUGCGUGUUUAGAACCGGGACCGGCUCAGACGGGUGUGGGUUUAGGUCUGGUUCUGGAGUCUCUCGGGUCACGGGGCCGCGCGGGUUCGGGUCCGGGUAAAGACCAAGGUCUCGCUUUACUGAAGUCUACACGGCGGAUUCUGUUACCGCUUCAUCGGAACCAGAACCUGCUUCUGGGAUCGUCUUUGGUUCCGGUGCUGCGGCCCUGCGGACCGCCUCCGUCCUCGGACUCGUCCCACGUUCACAAACAUGUUCCUGACGAGGUUCAAGUCGCUCCCGUGAUCUGGUCUUCUGAGGACCGGACUCGUCCUGGACUCGUGGCCUGGACUCGUGGCCUGGACUCGUGGCCUGGACUGUAAGGUGAGAUCAGCCCGAAGUGGCACCUGGAGGCUGACGUGCUGGAUCAUCUCGUGACUGGAGGUCCCGGUUGCAGAUCACAGGUGCGACCUGAAACUCGACGGGAAUGUUUGUGAACGUGGCGCGAGUCUGAGGACGGAGGCGGCCCGCGGCUGCUGCGCACAGCACGCGCACGGCACCCGCUCCAACAACAAACUGCUCAGCAGCAUCAGGUCAGCUCCUCCAUCAUGAAUCCUCCUGCAGACGCCUCCUCUCCCUCAGGGCAGAAGAAGAGGAGGAGGUCUGACAGUCUGGAGGAGUGUCCUCUGCCUGUGGACAUCGACACACCUGAGAGGGGGGAGAAGAAGAGGAAGAAGAAGAAGAAGAAGAAGAGGGAGGAAGAGGAGGCCAGUCUUCCUCCUGCCGCUGAUGGAGAUGUGAUCGGCAAGCAGGAGGAAGAGGAGGAGGCGACUCGGGUCGAGUCAGAAAAGAAGAAGAAGAAGAAGAAAAAACACAAACGACGACUGAGUGAGGAGAGUGUCGUCAUGGCAACAACAGACCACAACACCAGAGAAACAGACUCCUCAGUUUCCAUGGAGAACGCCGGAAUGAAGAAGAAGAAGAAGAAGAAGAAGAAGAAAGAUGGGAGUGUGGAGGAGGAGAAGAGAACAGAGGAGAGGAGGAGAGGAAGAGGAGGCGCGAAGAGACAGAAAGGAGGAGCUUUGGAAGAUCAGGUGGACGGGGCGCUGCUGGAGGAGCUGCAGGAGUUCGUCCCAGACGUGAAGAAGAAGUCAGUGGAACAGAUUAACAAACUGCUGAGAUACGACCUGCACCGCUUCAAGAACUUCAAGCAGCAAGGUGUGGCUCUGCGUUGGGGGCGUUGCUCUGAGGAGGAGAAUCAGCGAAUCAGAACUAACGUUGCAGACUUUCUGGCUCUGACAGGCCUGAGUUCAGCCAAUCAGCUUCUGUUUCCUCAGAGGUACAAGGAGCAGGAGGUGGAGAUCAGGAGGCUGAGAGCUAAGCAUCACUUCCUGGAGAGGAUCGCUGAGGGAAUUCCUCGGACGUGUCAUCAGGUUCACACCAGAGCCAAGAAGAUUUUUGAUGACAGGAACCACAUGGGAAGGUUCUCCGAGGAGGAGAUGCAUUCUCUGAUGAAGUUCCAGAACCUCUAUGGUAAUGACUGGAAGAGGAUCUCUGAGAAGAUGGGCCGCAGUGUCUACUCCUUAGAGAAACGUUUCGCCAGUAUCGCUACAGGUCGUGGUUUUUGGACUCCAGAUGAGGAGUCCAGGUUGAAGCAGGCUCUGAAGGCUCACCUGGAGGUCCUGGUCCAGGAUAGUCCCGAAGGUUCUGGUCUGACCAGAGACCAGCUGUUUAACAACCUACCCUGGAAGGAGAUCAGUCAGAAGGUUGGGACCAGAUCCUGGGGCCAGUGUCGACUCAAGUGGUUCUCCAUUCUGAAGUGGAGACUUUCUCCUGGUGUCAGCACCUUCAACAGAGGAACUGAAGGACUUCAGGCUAAAAUUAAUCUGAUCAACACGUUGUACAACAUGCAGGUGGAAGAUGCAGCAGACGUCGACUGGGACAAGGUCGCAGAGACUGUCGGUACAGUGACUCCUGUAUGUGUCCAGAAGAGUUUCCACAGACUCAAAGUUUCCGGAGUUCCCAACUGGACCAGUUUAUCCUACGGAGAGAUCAUCGAUUUCCUGCAGCAGAGAGUGGUUCCUGUCCUGAAGCAGAAGCUGAGGAGGUUCAGCAGUAAGGAGGUGCAACAGGAGGAGGCGCAGGAGGAGAACCGGUACCUGCUGUCGGACGUCUUGAGCUCUCAUGACGACGAGGACUACAUAGAGCUGGACAACAGCCAAUCAGGACAAAGAUGAGUGUAGAGACAGACACUGAGUGGGAUGAACAGUAGGCCCCUCCCCUCCUUCCAUGUGAUUGGCUGUCUGUGGAUGAACUUCCUGUGAGAGUCGGACUGAACAGAACCUGUUGACUGGAAGUGGACGAAGACUUUGUCUGAUGAGUCGAUGUUCAGACUCGAGUUUCUGUAACUUUUCAGGUUUUAUGUCUUUAACUUUCUAAUGAAGUGAUUUUUUUUUCACA